CAAAACCGUUCGUUGUAACUCAACUACUCAGAAUCCCGUCUUUGACAGUGGAAAACGCCACCGUGCAACAUAGCUGAAUGGGAUAGCGCGAAACAUUACGGAAGUCCCUUUUAUUGGGAGCUAUGAGCGCACUUCCUGUAUAGUUCAUUUGGGGAGUACGACUGCGAACCUAGUACAGCCGCAACAAGCGACUAGGAAACGGGCCGCCUGCCGCCGAGGUCUGUUAACAUACUCGGAUGUUACAUUGUAUCACAUGAACUGCACCAUUGAGGUCGCCGCGAUUCGAACUGGAAUCCUUUCACUGGAUGUUGCAAAAGAAACGAAACUGUAGUCGAGACGUUUACUGAACUGCCGGGGAUUUACUCAUGGACAUGGAGUGUGGGAUCUCGGUGUGUCAUCAUCAUUAAAACGACUACAAAGAGAAAAGGGAAUUGUUUUUUGUCGUGCUCUAUUAUUGCCAUACGAAACCACAGCAAGCAUCUAGUUCACUAGGUUACGGAUAUUCAGCCUUAAGGAUGGAACGACGUCGCAAACUGUAUGUGUCUUUAGCUUUGAUUUUGCCUUGUUUACAAUGGACAACUUCUUUCAACCUGGACAUCGAGAACCCCAAUGUAUUCUCCGGACCAAAAGGAAGUUAUUUUGGAUUUUCGGUGGAUUUCUUCAUGCCAGAUAACAAGCAGUCAAACAUUCUUAUAGGAGCACCCAGGGCCAACACCUCGUCGGCUUCCUCCGUGGUGGAGAGAGGAGCUGUCUAUACCUGCCCUUGGCAGCAGACGGACGGCUGCACUCAAGUACUGUUUGACAACACUGGUGAUCGGACGAAUGAUGCCGGUGUACAGAUGGAGUUCAAGUCCAACCAGUGGUUUGGGGCGAGUGUACGCUCACAAGGGGAGAACAUCCUGGCCUGUGCACCCCUCUAUCAGUGGAGUACAUAUAGUUACAACGAGAGGGAACCUGUGGGAACAUGCUUCUUCAAAAAAGGAGAGAAAGUUGUGGAAUACUCCCCUUGUCGAUCAAGGGCUUACUCUCCCGAAGGACAGGGCUUCUGUCAAGCUGGGUUCAGUAUUGACUUUGUCAAGCAGAACAACAGGGUGGUUGUUGGAGGCCCUGGUAGUUUCUAUUGGCAAGGUCAACUGAUAUCUGAUGAUAUCUUGGAGAUCAUAAACCGCGUAAACAAUGACUUCAUCACUCCCUACAAUAACCAGCUGACAACCAGGUCGGCAGCCGCUCUGUACGAUGACAGCUACUUAGGAUACUCUGUGACUGUUGGUGAUUUCAACAAUGAUGGAUCUGAUGAUUACAUUACUGGGGUACCCAGGGGAGAGAAAGCUCUUGGCUAUGUGAACAUCUUUAACGGGAAGAACAUGCAGUCAGUGCUGAACCUCACCGGAACUCAGAUGGCUGCCUACUUCGGUCAUUCCGUAGCAGCGACUGACAUCAAUAAAGACGGGCUGAUUGACCUGUUCGUGGGAGCUCCUCUGUUCAUGGACCUUGGAGGCGCUCAGAAACAGAGGGAGGUGGGCCAGGUGUCCGUGUUCCUGGGGGAUGGAGGGUUCUCCUUCCAGCCUCCGCUGACACUGAAUGGGACUGAGAUCUACUCCCGCUUCGGCAGCUCCAUCGCCGCCCUCGGAGACUUGGACAUGGACGGAUUCAACGACGUGGCCAUCGCUGCCCCCUAUGGUGGGCCGAAACACCAGGGCCUGGUGUACAUUCACAACGGGAGGGCGACGGGGCCCAGCCUGACGCCAUCUCAGGUCCUUGAGGGGAGGUGGGCCUCCAGCAACAUGCCCCCCAGCUUUGGAUACUCCCUGCACGGAGCCACCGACAUAGACCACAAUGGAUACCCAGACCUAAUAGUUGGGGUGUUUGGUGUAGACAAAGCCGUUCUCUACAGGGCACGGCCGGUCAUCAGCGUGAACGCCACCCUGGACAUCAGCCCUCAGAUUCUCAACCCAGAAGAUAAGAGCUGCAAACUACCUGACAGCACCCCGGUGUCCUGUUUCAAAGUCAAGUACUGUCUCAAGGCCCGUGGGAAGGGCGCACCAGCCUCGUUGAAGUUCCAGGUGGACCUGGUUCUGGACAGACUCCGACCCAAAGGGCCGAACAAGAGGGUGCUGUUCCUCCACAGCAAGACAUUCCAGUACUCUAAGAACAUGACCGUCAGCAAUGGUCUAGGACCCACUUGUGAGGAGCAGGAGGCUUAUCUCAUAGAAGAGUUCCGUGACAAAAUCACUCCCAUUGUGGUGCUGAUGGAGUACAAACCGGACUACCAGCAGGCCGCCGACAAGACGGGACUACUGCCCAUUCUGGACCUGUCAGUCCCCACAAACAUCUCCAAACAGGCUCACAUCCUUCUGGACUGCGGAGAGGACAACAUCUGCAAACCCGACCUGAGGCUGUCCGUGGUGAGUGACCAGAAGGAGAUGUACAUCGGAGAUGACAACACGCUGACCAUGGGGGUAACGGUGGAGAAUUUGGGAGAGGCGGCAUAUGAGGCAGAGCUACGUGUCUUCUUGCCCCCACAGGCUGACUUCAGCGAAGUGGUCAGCAACAGUGAGACCACCUCUAAGCUGUCCUGUGCCCCUGAGAGAGAGAACCAGACCACGGUGGUGGUGUGUUACCUAGGCAACCCCAUGAAAGGAGGAACCAAGGUCCUGGCUGGCCUGCGCUUCAGCGUUCACAAGCUGUCGGAGCAGGACACGCAGGUCAGGUUUGACCUGCAGAUACAGAGUUCCAACCAGUUCAACAACACCAGCAGCCUUGUCUCCAGCAUCACAAAGCUGGCUGUUCUGGCCAAGGUGGAUAUCAGAGGGGUUUCCACACCAGACCAGGUCUUCUUGCCCAUUGCAAACUGGCAGAUGAAGGAAUCCCCAGUGGUAGGGGACGACAUCGGCCCAGCGAUCCGACACAUCUACGAGCUUCGUAACCAUGGUCCAAGUACCUUCAGCAAGGCCUUGCUGGACAUUGAGUGGCCCUACCAGUUCAACAAUGGAUCUCUACUCUACAUAACUAAACUAGAGGUGGACGGGAUGAACUGCACCACUGAAAUGGAGAUUAACCCCCUCAACGUCUCGAUCUCUCUGUCUUCGGAGAAGAACACUACAGGGAAUGGUGAAGUGGACAACACUGCAGGAAGGGGCAGGAACCGCAGAGACCUGAAGAAGAAGGAGAUAGAGGGAGACCUGGAAACCCUGGACUGCUCCAAGGCCCAGUGUAUGAAGAUCCGCUGCCUGGUGGGUCGUGUGGAGAGAGGUCAAAGUGCCAUCCUCUACAUCCAUUCCAGACUGGGAGUGGCCACCUUCCUCAAGACUGAGAGUCAGAACCGUUCGUACACGGUGAGAUCUUCUGCUUCCUUCAGUGUAACAGAGAUGCCGUAUAAUAAAAACCUGGUCUCUGAUCUCCCCGCCAAUACGACCACGGUGAGUAUGGCAGUGAUCUGGGUGAAGUCUGAGCCAGAACCAGUCCCGGCGUGGGUUGUGGCCCUGGCGGUGCUGGCCGGCCUGCUUCUGCUGGCUCUGCUCAUCUUCAUCAUGUACAAGCUGGGUUUCUUCAAGCGUGUGCGCCCCCCUCAGGACGACAGCACAGAGAAAGAACAGCUGGCGCCGCAGGAGAGCGGUGACAGAAACACAGAUGCCUGACUCCCCUAGCAGCCCCUAGUCCUCAGCACCACACUGGGCCCUACAGCCCAGUCUGUGUCAUACCCAAGGCCCAUGUUAACCUGGUUCCAGAUGUGUUUGUGUCUCUCCUUGUACUAUUCCAAACAUAUAAGUGGAAUGUCAGCACAACGCCAUCUAGUACCCAGGCCAGGUUUGGGGUGAACUCCUUUUCAAUCAAUUGAUCAAAAUUGAACCAAACUGAAAUAAUUCCUAAUUAAUAAUUGGAAUCGAAACUAGAAUUAUAGAGUUCCCCAACCGUGACCUGGGCAAUGUGGACACAUUCACCAUCGUCUUUCUGAGGGACUGAUGACCUGAGAUCAGUUUGGUGUUUUAGAGCCUGAUUACAGCAAGUGUGGAGACCUGAUCCUAGAUCACCGCUCCUUUUCUAAGACUCUUUGUGAAUACUGGACCUGCUCAAUGGAACAAUAGGCAGUUUGUGUGGUUUAACAGUUUUGGUUUGACCUCAUCCCUUCUUUUUCUGAGUUCCUCUGAUAACAAAUUACUGAAUAAAGAAUCUGAAUCGGGCUGCCUUUAAUGCCUACAAGACCAUGAUGGUCACUAGAUCUCAUCACAAUGUCACCAUAGUCUACUUGUCCCGGGCCCGUUUAAAAAACAAAACAAUUAUCUGAUCGGAUUUCCGCUGUCGGGUAGAACUAAACAUAUGGAAAUAGUUUCUAUUCACUCUAUGUUUUCGUUCAAAGAUACGCAUAGAAUUGUGUCCCGAUUGUUUAGCUUCUGAUCAGAUAACCUUUUAAAAAAAGAUUGCAUGGACACAUUGGAACUGCGCUGCUGUACUGUACAAUACGUUAUGGACGAGGGGAGCAGGAAAGAAGUGCUGUUGUAAAUAAUAAUCUAAAUUACUUAGUUGUCCUGAAGAGGUAAAGCAACAGACAUUAUCCUUGUUAUCGCUUGCUUGCUCGCCCCUCUCUCUCCCCCAUUGUUCCCUAUGCAUAUCUGUGCACUGGACAUUUGUUUAAAGCGAUUGCUGCAGUGAUCUGAAUGACACUGCAGGUGGCGAUGUGUGUCUGGGGAUUGUAGAUGCAGUGUCUUAAGCAGUGUUUCUUAAUCCUGGUCCUCGGGACCCAAAGGGCUGCACGUUUUUCUUUUUGCCCAAGCACUCACACACCUGAUUCAAAUGUUGCCCUACCACUUACACCCUUGAUUGACCAACCUGUCAUCAAGCAUUUGAUUUGAAUCAGGUGUGUGAGUGCUUGGGCAAAAAGAAAAACGUGCAGCCCUUUGGGUCCCGAGGACCAGGAUUAAGAAACACUAGUCUUAAGUAUUGGCAUGGUAUGAAUUGGACUGUUUAAAUAAUUUCUUACUGGUUACUGCCAGCAUGGAUGGGAUUCUAUUUUUACUACUAUAGAGAGUUCUUUGAAAUUCAGAGGAUUGUUCUUUGAAAUUCAGGGGAUUGUUCUUUGAAGUUCAGGGGAUUGUUCUUUGAAGUUCAGGGGAUUGUUCUUUGAUAUUCAGGGGAUUGUUCUUUGAACUUCAGGGGGUUGUUCUUUGAAGUUCAGGGGAUUGUUCUUUGAAGUUCAGGGGAUUGUUCUUUGAAGUUCAGGGGAUUGUUCUUUGAACUUCAGGGGAUUGUUCUUUGAACUUCAGGGGAUUGUUCUUUGAACUUCAGGGGAUUGUUCUUUGAACUUCAGGGGAUUGUUCUUUGAACUUCAGGGGAUUGUUCUUUGAGUAAUAACUUUUUUGGUGGGGUGUUUGUUUUAUAUAUGUGUAGGUCCAUUGAAGGCCGACUUCAGGAAUGAAAAAGAUCAACACUGCCUCUUUCUUUAUCGAAAAACAAACAAUGGGUGUGUUUUUGGUUGUGUUGACGAUGUUGAUAAAUUACUCCCACUCUCCAGAUACUAUUACAGCGUCCAGUGUAGAACAUCCAGCUGACCGGAUCCAUUUCAUAGCCGAUCAUUUUCAAAACUCUUUUGGACAGAAGCUUUGUAAGAAACGGCAACAUCUGUAACCAAAUAUUAGAUCAGUUUAUUUUAUUAGGAAGUUAAGAGGAGGUGUACUGAUCAGCUGUACGUUUUUAAUGUUAUUCUUGCCUUUUUGUUUGAAGUCGGCCUUCAUACCCAGAGUUUAACUGUAACAUGCCCCUUUCCCUGAGUUUGUAGCUGUAAGACAAAUCACAAGUCAUUCUGGGUGUAAGUGUACAAAUGUUUUGUAUGAAAAGACUUCAAGAAUGAACUUACCCAUAUUGGGUGAUUAGCUAAUUUCUUGUUCAUAUUAGAAAUGAGUCACAAUAACAACUACAGCACAGGAAUACUAAUCGAAUAAUAAGCAACACUGAUUCACUGCCUCAGCUGUUUUCUCUCACUUGGGUUGUAAUAUUUAUCUGGAUGCAAGCAGGCUCAACGUCACUACAUUUAAUGGACUGGGUGACCUUUUUUAACAACAUAUUUAAAUUGUUUGAAAAUGCCGAGUUCUUUUCCCCCAAGCGCUCCUCUCUGGUUAAGCUUACCCUUUGAAAUAAAUAAUUGUCUUAAUAAAAAAAAUUCUGAUUAA